GUCGAAGCGGAGAAGCGCGCCAAGGGCAAGAAGGGCAAGAAGAAGAAGAAGGGCGGAGGGGCGGGCGCGGCUGGGCCGUCGCAGGAGACGGCGGAGGGUGCCGAGGCGCCGUCGGAGGCAGCCGCAGCCGAGGCUGCGAAGAAGGCCGAGGAGGAGAGAAUGAUCAGGCUUCUCGAGAAGUGUCACGAGGAGAGGAUCCGGUUCGGCAUCACGGCGGAGAGCCAGGCGGCGGCGUCGGCAGAGGUGGCCGAGGCGGUGCGCUUGGACGCUGAGGCGGACGAGGCGGAGGAGGAGGCGGAGGCGGACGAGGAGGCGGCGGCGGCGGCAGAGGCGGCUCGGGCGGCGGCGGCGCAGGCGCAGGCGGAGAUCGUCGCAGCGCUGGAGAAGGCCAACGCGGCGCUCGCGGACGCGACGGCCGCUGCAGAGGCGAGCGUUGCUGUUGCGGCUGCUUCGAAGGCCAAGGCGACCGCUGCCAGGAUGGCCGCGGAUGCAGCCGAGCAGCAGCGCUCGUGA